CGAGAAGGACCCAAACAUGAGUGGCAGAGGAAAAACCGGAGGCAAAGCCCGCGCUAAGGCAAAGACCCGCUCCUCCAGGGCCGGGCUCCAGUUCCCCGUCGGCCGUGUUCACAGGCAUCUGCGUAAAGGCAACUAUGCUCAGCGUGUCGGUGCCGGAGCCCCCGUCUACCUGGCGGCUGUGCUGGAGUACCUGACCGCUGAGAUCCUGGAGCUGGCUGGAAACGCUGCCCGCGACAACAAGAAGACCAGGAUCAUCCCCCGUCACCUGCAGCUGGCUGUCCGCAACGACGAGGAGCUCAACAAGCUGCUUGGCGGAGUGACCAUCGCUCAGGGUGGCGUGCUGCCCAACAUCCAGGCUGUCCUGCUGCCCAAGAAGACCGAGAAGCCCGCCAAGAAGUAAAUCUGGACCUGGCUGACUACUAG